UAUAUUAAGAUUUUUAUGAGACCUAUAAUUAAAUAAUAAAUAACAAUAAUAAAGAUAGAAUAAAAAAAAUAUUAGACUUAAAAGAUGGAAAAAAUUAAUAACAGUUGCUGUGGUGAAAAUACUAAAAUCUGCUGCACAGACCUAAAUAGACAAUGUAAUUGUGCUUGUAAGACUGAUAAUUGUUGCAAACCUGAAACAAAUGAGUGUUGCACUGAUACAUUAGAAGGAUGCAAAUGUGUUGAUUGUAAGUGCUGCAAAUCUCAUGUAACUUGCUGCCAUGGAGUUAAUGUCAAAUCCAGCUGCUUAGAUCCAAAUAGUGGAUAUUAGUGUGCAAGUAAAACUGAUAACUGUUGUAAAUCUGAUACUAAAGAAUGUUGUACUGGCACUUAAGAAGGAUGUAAAUGCACUAAUUGUUAAUGCUACAAACAAGCUUAAUAAGGAUGUUGUUGUGGUGAUAAAGCUAAAGCUUGCUGUACUGAUCCAAACAGUGGAUGUUGCUGCUCAAAUAAGGCAAAUAAAUGCUGUGAUGCCACUUCAAAGAAAGAGUGUCAGGUAUGUUAAUGUUGUAAAUGA